CCCAGAACUGAAUCAUUACACACACAAGAGUGUUUAAAGAAACUCUCUGCUGAACAUUGAUCCUCUCUCCUCUUAUUCAACACAGGACUUGCAUUAUGGCUCUAAUUAAAAAAGUCUUGAGCUUAUGCUUACUGAUUCUGCUUGUGGGUGCAACCACAACUGCUAUCACUCCAACUGACUCAGGUGCAACCACAACUGCUAUCACUUCAACUGACUCAGGUGCAACCACAACUGCUCCCACUCCAACUGACUCAGGUGCAACCACAACUGCUAUCACUUCAACUGACUCAGGUGCAACCACAACUGCUCCCACUCCAACUGACUCAGGUGCAACCACAACUGCUCCCACUCCAACUGACUCAGGUGCAACCACAACUGCUAUCACUUCAACUGACUCAGGUGCAACCACAACUGCUCCCACUCCAACUGACUCAGGUGCAACCACAACUGCUCCCACUCCAACUGACUCAGGUGCAACCACAACUGCUCCCACUCCAACUGACUCAGGUGCAACCACAACUGCUCCCACUCCAACUGACUCAGGUGCAACCACAACUGCUCCCACUCCAACUGACUCAGGUGCAACCACAACUGCUCCCACUCCAACUGACUCAGGUGCAACCACAACUGCUCCCACUCCAACUGACUCAGAUCCCUGUGCCUCGAACCCUUGUUUGUCAGACAGCACCUGUCAACAGCUCCUGACUAACUACACGUGUGUGUGUCGACCGGGACUGUUCUAUAAUGAAACACUGAAAUUAUGUACUCUAGCAAGGACUUUCCCAACAGAUUUAAGAUUUCCAGACAUGACAUAUAAAGAAGCAAUGAAAAACAAAAACUCAAAAGAAUUCCAAACGAUAGCACAUGAUAUUCUUAAAGAGAUUAAGGAAGUUUUCAAGGGUAAAAAUGGUUAUCUUGGAUCCACAGUUCUGAGUCUAAACCCAGGCAGUGUCAUAGCAGAUGUGGAGAAUUUCUUCAGUCUUUCGUCAGAAGUUAAUAAAAUUGAAGUAGAGGAGGCACUAAAGUCAGCAACUGGCACUGGAUCUGGGUUUUUAAAAGGCGCUACAGUCGAGCCAAGUGACAUAUGCCGUAGUGGAUUCUGUGAAGAUUCAAGCACAGUAUGUACAGCCGAGAAUGGUCUAGCUAAUUGCGUUUGCAAGGGCGGAUAUGUAAAGUUGACAGCAACACAACAGGCAUGCUAUUCUUGUCCCAGUGGUGAGAAAGCAGUGGGUGAUCAGUAUUGUAAACCAUGUCCUUUUGGAUACUCUGGUUUCAACUGUAAAGAAUCGUACCUCUUAAUUCUGGUUGUGGUCGCCUGUGUUUUGGGCGUACUUCUUCUCGGCACUCUCAUAGGCACUGUAGUCUUGUACACGAGGUCAACGAAAACAACCAAAUCUUCAGAAAAAGAUACCCCGAAAGGCAAUCUGGAGUUCAACAAACCUGCAGGAAUUCCCAGGAUCCCACGGGUUAACCCUAAUACUGGCUGGCAACCAACCAAUCUGGAGAUGACAGACAGUGGAAGCAGACGUGCCCUGGUCACAAAAGAUCGCACAGAGAACACAGCGAUGUGGGACUCUGACUACAGUGAUGACACAAGGGGCUAUAAGAGCCAGAUGCCCUCUAGAACAGGAUAUGGAGCCGCUGGAGCGUAUAACGGCUCCAGGGCCUCAAAGAAUCCCUACAGUGAUGUAUAUGGGGACAGAAUACGCAGAUACUAAUUUUACAAAAGAGGGCUCCAUCUAUUGAUUUCUUCAGCAGAAAUGGUUUGUCUUAUAAGAAGGCUGACAUUAUAGAAAGAUGCUAUAAAAACAUCUGUACAAAAGCCUUAACAUUUGAAUUAUUAGUUGAUAUGAAGCAAAGCAUUAAAGAAAGUCUUUAUGCUGGACAAAAACAAAUGAACAAUGUACUUGAUGUCUGUGUGUGUGUCUGUGUGUGUUUAAAAGAGCACUAGAUAGAGAUGGCAUGUGCAUCCAUAUGUACAUACCUAUGAUGUGCUAAGUGCUAUGUGAUCAAAUGAAUUUAACUUUAUCUAAUUUAUAUAUAUAUAUAUAUAUUUUUUUUUUUAAUUUGUUGUUAGCAAAGCUUUAAAAAUCACACAUGUGGUGAAAUUAAAAAUGAAGUAAUUUAUUAUGUCUAAGAUUAAAUUGUUGGGAGCUAAAAUAAGUUUUUUUAGAGUUAUGAUCCAGCAGAUGUCACUGUUUCAUUCAGAUUAGGCUUAUUCCUUCUAUAAAUAACUUAAUCAGAAUUGUUUCUUAUGCUGUUCACAUUUUUUGUGUUUUUAUGAUUUAAAGUUGCCUAGGAUUGAUCUUAGGUGCAGCCAUUUCGAAACAAGCGUAAGUGGUCAGUCAAUGACUUUACAAUGAAAAUGACUGUGGCAUUAUGUAAAUUGUGUACUAUAUCUGCAUUCUAAAGGAACUGUAUAUAAAUAUGAGCAAUCAAGAUGAUGUGCUGCAUUUUAUAGUCGAUAUUGGCUUUUCUCAAAGAGAUAAGCUUAUGUUUAAAUGAAUCAUGAAUACACAAAGCAAUAAAAAUGACUAUUAAUAAAAGAAAAAAAGGAUUGUUCAUUAACAGCAGUAAUUAUAUAAAUUGCGUACCUGUGUUGAAUAAAGUAUUGGGUUUAACUGAA